AUGAAUUCUCAAAUUCCAAUUUUUUUAUUUUCCAAAUAGAUGCAUAUCUUUUUGGAGAAUAACCUUUGUCAUAAUUUGCAUGGAUUCACAACAUCAUAAGAGAUAGUUAAAUAUGAAAAAAUUUGUUUAUUGAAUAUUUAUCAUCCAAAAUAUGAUCAUCCUCCCAUUUUACAAAAUCAAACAAUAAUCACCUAUUUAUCAAUUGAAAAAUAUUUAAAAGUUCCUAAAUUUAUUUGGUUUCCAUAAUUAAAAAUGUUUAAUCAAUAGAUUGGCAUUUUUUUAAGAAAAUAUUUUUUCUAUUUUCAAAAUUAUUAAAAUAGUUUAAAUUAAAAAAUUGUUUGA